GAAACAGCUCCUGACCCUGGCGACGGGACGAGGGCCCCGUGUUCAUGACAUCACUUCCGGGGUGGCAAGUUCAGGCUUUCCUGCGCCUGGUAAAGGGCAUUCAAUCAGCUUUGCACGGAAAGGAGAUGAGUAGUAGCUACUAACGUUGACGAGUAAGGAAUUACCCGUACAGUAAAUAUGCUAAUGUUGAAUAAGACAGCAGGAGUCUUUUUUAAACCAUCAAGAAGGAAAAUUUAUGAAUUUUUAGGAAGUUUUCAUUUUCAUCCUGGAAAACUAUUUCUUCAUAAACUAGUAUUGGGAAUUGAAACCAGUUGUGAUGAUACAGCAGCUGCUGUAGUGGAUGAAGCUGGAAAUGUUUUGGGAGAAGCAAUACAUUCCCAAACUGAAGUUCAUUUAAAAACAGGUGGGAUUAUUCCUCCAGUAGCUCAACAGCUUCAUAGAGAAAAUAUUCAACGCAUAGUACAAGAAGCUCUCUCUGCCAGUGAAGUCUCUCCAAGUGAACUCUCAGCAAUUGCAACUACCGUAAAGCCAGGACUUGCUUUAAGCUUGGGCGUAGGUUUAUCAUUUAGCUUACAACUGGUAGACCAGUUUAAAAAGCCCUUCAUUCCCAUUCAUCACAUGGAGGCUCAUGCACUUACUAUUAGGUUAACAAAUAAGGUAGAAUUUCCAUUUUUAGUUCUUUUGAUUUCUGGAGGUCAUUGUCUUUUGGCAUUAGUUAGAGGAGUUUCAGAUUUUCUUCUUCUUGGGAAGUCUUUGGACAUAGCACCAGGCGACAUGCUUGACAAGGUAGCAAGAAGACUUUGCUUAAUAAAACAUCCAGAGUGCUCCACCAUGAGUGGCGGGAAGGCUAUAGAACAUUUGGCCAAACAGGGAAAUAGAUUGCAUUUUGAUUUCCAACCUCCCAUGCAACGUGCUAAAAAUUGUGAUUUUUCUUUUUCUGGACUUCAACAUGUUAUUGAUAAGAUGAUAAUGCAAAAGGAAAAAGAGGAAGGUAUUGAGCAGGGGCAGAUCCUGUCUUCAGCUGCAGACAUUGCUGCUGCAGUCCAGCACACCGUAGCCUGCCACGUUGCAAAAAGAACACAUCGCGCUAUUCUGUUCUGCAAGCAGAGAGGCUUGUUACAUCAAAGUAACGCAGUACUGGUUGUAUCUGGAGGCGUCGCAAGUAACUUAUAUAUCCGAAAAGCUCUGGAAAUUGUGACAAACGCAACACAGUGCACUUUGCUGUGUCCUCCCCCCAGACUCUGCACUGACAACGGCGUUAUGAUUGCGUGGAAUGGUGUUGAAAGACUACGUGCUGGCUUGGGCAUUUUACACAACGCAGAAGGCAUCCGCUACGAACCAAAGUACGUGGUACCAUUCAUAAUCUCUGUGCAGCUGUACCAUAAAAAUCAAAGCCUGAAUUUUGCUUUUACAGUUAAGGUUUUCAUUGACAUUCUAGUGGUACUUAAAGAAAGAUUAUAUUAA